UUGACCCGGUAUUUUCACAGAGGGCCAAGUCGAGGUCUCCAAAGAUGGGAGGACCCUCAGUCAGAUGGGACCAGGAAAGGUGUUUGGAGAGCUGGCCAUACUCUACAACUGCCAGAGGACGGCCACCAUCAAAGCGGCCACCGACUGCAAGCUGUUUGCCAUCGAGCGGCAAUGUUUCCAAACCAUCAUGAUGAGAACUGGCCUUCAGAAGCAGGCAGAGUACACGGCCUUCCUGAAGAGCGUGCCAAGCUUCCAGAACCUGCCGGAAGAAACUGUCAUCAAGCUGGCCGACGUUCUAGAAGAGACGUACUACAGUCAGGGCGACUACAUCAUACGACAGGGAGCCCGCGGAGACACCUUCUACAUCAUCAGCAGGGGACGGGUCAACGUCACCAUGAGGUCACCCGACUCGAUGGAAGAAAAACUGAUCCGAACGCUCGGAAAAGGAGACUUCUUCGGCGAGAAAGCGCUCCAGGGUGAGGACAUUCGCACUGCCAACAUCGUGGCCGACGACCCCGACGGCGUGGCCUGUCUCGUUAUCGACCACGACACUUUCGAUCAGCUCAUCAGCAGGCUGGAGGAGGUCAAGAACCGAUACGUCGACGAGAGUCAGCUCAGAAAACAGAGUAUACCGCUCUUUGAUGAACCAGAUACGAAGGAAUCCGAUCACAGAAUCAACCGUGAGUUUGCUGAUGUCAAGCUGUCAGACCUGGCGGUGAUUGCCACGCUGGGAGUCGGAGGGUUCGGACGGGUAGAGCUGGUUCAGAUGGUACACGACAAGUCUAGGUCAUUCGCGCUGAAACAGAUGAAGAAAGCGCAGAUUGUGGAGACGCGUCAGCAGCAGCACAUCAUGUCCGAAAAGGAGAUCAUGGAAGAAGCCAACUGCGAUUUCAUCGUCAAGCUGUACAAGACGUUCAAGGACAGGAAGUACCUCUACAUGCUGAUGGAGUCGUGUAUGGGAGGAGAACUGUGGACCAUACUCAGGGACCGAGGCAACUUUGACGACGCCACAACACGCUUCUACACCGCCUGCGUAGUGGAGGCUUUCGACUAUCUGCACGCACGAGGGAUCAUCUAUCGCGAUCUCAAACCCGAGAACCUGCUGCUCGACAACAGGGGCUACGUCAAACUGGUGGACUUUGGGUUCGCCAAAAAACUGCUGGUCGGCCGGAAGACGUGGACGUUCUGUGGAACUCCGGAGUAUGUGGCGCCAGAGAUUAUCCUGAACAAGGGUCACGACAUCUCAGCCGACUACUGGUCGCUGGGGGUACUGAUGUUUGAACUCCUCACUGGAACGCCACCAUUCACCGGGCCCGACCCCAUGAAAACCUACAACAUCAUCCUGAAGGGGAUCGAUGCCAUUGAGUUCCCGCGCAACAUUACCCGAACUGCCACCGUGCUCAUCAAGAAACUGUGCAGAGACAACCCGGCCGAGCGACUGGGGUACCAGAAGGGCGGCAUCAGGGACAUCCAGAAACACAAGUGGUUCGACGGCUUCAACUGGGAAGGUCUGAUCGGACGGACCCUGACACCCCCCAUCAUCCCGCACAUCAGGUCCGUGUUGGACUCGUCCAACUUUGACGACUACCCUCCUGACUCGGAGCCGCUGCCCCAAGACGAUCUCUCCGGAUGGGACGCCGACUUCUAAACGGCAGACGACUGCUCAGCAUAGGCCUCACAGCGGCUGCCAUCUUGGAAAACUGCCGCCAUCUUGGAAAACUGCCCCGCUGCGUCCGCCAUCUUGGACUGCCUCUUCGCGGACGAUAUUUUGUGUCAGUCUGCUGUGGCGGGUUCUUUGUGCAAGUGGACGCCAUUUUGAGAUGCGGCACAGUGGCGGCCAUCUUGGUCGGGCCUUGUGUUGUGGCAAUGUGAAGUAGUUUCUGGGUGAUCGGGCUUCACUUGGCGUUUCUACCACUCACUCCGUCCGCCAUGUUGAGCGAGGCCCACCGUGUGGCGGCCAUCUUGUGUCAGGCCCACCUACGGCGGGCGCCAUGUUGUUUGUGUGCGUGCGUGCGUUGUGUCAGGCAGGACCUUCAGGAAGGGAAACGGCAAUCAUAAAGCGUUGUUGACCUCUGCGCUCAGACGCAUGUUCUCGCCCCUUACGUCCGCUUAGUGCUCCCAAGACUCCGAGUCGUUCUAUGUGGGAUCAUGACUCUUUGGUGCGACUCUGCGCUCGAGUCGUAACUGUGACUCGAGUCAGUCGUUGGCGUUUGACUGAGGAGUCCAUGUGGUGGGGACUCAAAGAGAACUAUAUCCGACGCGGGAAUAAGAUUGAGUGUCGCUCUGUGACGUCAUCGGUGGUGCUCAGUGCUGGACGGUGAUUGGUGGAUGGGUGAUGACGUCAGCUUGGGGUCUACCAGAAGUGGUGGAACAACAGAUAUCUAUCUAUAGCCUACUAUGUGUUACACCAGAAACCAUCGACCGGCUCCACUGCUCACCAAUGAAUAUGGUGGUUAACUGAAGUGUGCGAUCGACUUUUGGAGGUAAAACACUCUGACUGAAUGGAGGUUCCCAUUCAACAGCAAAGACCCUCACUGUACCCGCAACCACGUAUGACAAUAACCCAAACACUUUGCAUAGACAAUGCCCAGCACUGGUCUUCGCUCUCGUGUUGUUUACUCCUUCACUACACCCCAAAACAGUGUAUUACAUCAUACCAUAAUGGAAAAUACCGUACAGGGUGUACCUAUCGAGUAUCCGAUCGCCUUUGUGCCUUACUCUCGGAUGACGUCAUCUGUGACGUCAUGUGAGGAGGUCGUAUACGUACUCUGGGUGUUCUAUGCGGUGUAAUUUUGACAAGUUGGGGAGGGGGGUGAGAUUGUUGUUGGGAGACGUUAGUAGCAGGUUCAAUACACUCUAACAGAACA